CCUAAAAAAUGUACAAGUAUCCAUUCUAAGCCAAUUUGUUUCUAAAUUCAUAAACCACGCAAUUCAAAAUGGAAAAACAAAGUGAUGAAAUAAGCCAAUCUUAUGCUACAACACUAUAUGAAGCCGCACUCAAGGGAAAUAUAACUUCCUUGGGUGAGUUGCUAAAAAACGAUGAAUUUAUUCUCGAUCGAUGCAUCAUGGAAAAAUCAUGUAUCUUCAUGCAAUCUCCGUUACAUGUAGCUGUUAAGAAAGAGCACUUUAAUUUCGUUAAAGAAAUUCUAAGGCUAAAGCCGGAACUGGCCGAGGUGGUUGAUCAAUUAAAAAGAUCAUCACCACUACACAUUGCAGCAGCAAGGAAAGAGGGGGCGGGACUAGCGGAGCCAGCCGAGCACGGUCAUGAACACAUCAUCAAAAUCUUGCUCGAAGAGGCACCUAACAUGUGUUUCGUGCACGAUCAAGAUGGAAUGACGCCCCUUCAUGUUGCGGCUGUAAAUGGGAACACCCAAGUGCUUGAAGUGUUUCUCAAGAAGAAGCGUCAGGCUGCUUUGGAACGAACUGCGAGAGGUGAAACGAUUUUACAUUUGUGCGUGAAAAAUUGUCACCUAGACACCCUGAAAGCAUUGGUUGAAAGUACAUACGAUCUUGAGUUACUUAACUCCCAGGAUAGUGAUGGCAAUACUGUCUUGCACCUUGCUGUGGCUUACAAAGAAGUCGAGAUGGUAGAAUUUUUACUAGGGAAAGGUGACAAGAUAGAUAAAAAUGCUAUGAACAAAAAACACCAAACAAUAAAUGAUAUUUUCGAGCUAACUAAAAAAACGGAUGAGGUUAGCGAAGCUGAUAAAAAGAUCGAGGAAUUACUUAAAAAGAAACAUGCAAUACGAGCUAAAAAGGUGCUGAAACGCAGCGAGGACGAAAAAUGGUUGGAGGAGCAGAACACAGCUCUAAUGGUUGUGGCAUCUUGUAUUGCAACCUUGUCUUUCCAAGUCGGAAUUAAUCCACCCGGAGGCGUGUGGCAAGAUGAUAAUAAGGGUCACGAGGCAGGCACAUCCAUCAUGUCUUAUGAUAAAGAUAAAGAUUCAUACAAUAUUGUACAAGUUAGCAACACAAUUGGACUAAUGUCUUCUCUAAGUGUCAUCCUUCUCCUUAUUAGGCCUUCCUUGCAAGCGAUACUUUGUAUUCGUUUUGAGGGUUACAUUGUGGAUUGCUGUAACCGCGAGUGCAACAACUUACUUGUACACGAUAGGGUUUCUCACAAGUGAUAUUUUCGACAAAACAGGCUUACUCGAAGAUGCUUUAGACUAUUCUGUUGAAAUUUGGCUAUGGUUAAUGCUAAUAAUACUAUUAGGACAUGGGUUGCGCUUAAUUUGGAAGGUAAUUGGUUAUAAAAAAAGGAGGAAGAUUAGAGGAGUUCUGCAAAAAGUGCAAAGGUCGCGGUACUAUCCAAAUAUUAAUAUUUUGUAGAUUAUCGAUCACUUGAUUACUACAAUACCUAGCUUAUGUAUUUCCCAUUGACAAUAAAAUGUACUUUUCAUUAUUAAAAAAAUUUCAUUAUUCAAAAAAAAUAAAAAAAAUAAAAAAAUAAAAUGUACUUUUCAUGUUAUCACCUUAGUAUUUACAAGUACUAUGUAAGUACCAUCCUGUUUUCAUAAAAGUUUAAC